AUGUUGGAUGGAGGAGGCUUUUGCAGUACUGUGUGGGCUGUGGACCUUUUACAGGUUCCAAGCGAGAUAUCAGUGGAAGAUGGUGCACGGAAUCUAAUAGCCACGGGGAGCCAGUCCCCACCAGCUCCAGCCUCCAAUGUGGAGUUUUUAAAGAAAAUGUCGGCCUUCUUGGGGAAAGAGGGAAAGACCUUGGCCGACAUGCCAGGUCUGUUGGGCUUUGAUACAAGAGCCUCACGCCUGGGGGCUGCUCCCUCACCUGAUGAGUGGGCAAAAGCUUUGGGGCAAGCAUUAGAAAAGGAUGUGCAGCCCCACCCUGAGUCAAGACCCUAUCAUACAUUAAGGUUAUUUUCUGGGGGUCCCACUCCAAUAACAGGAGAAGAAGGGUUUGAACCCUGGCUGGAACACACCACUGAAAUGCUUCAGGAGUGGGCAAUACCUGAUGCUGAAAAGAGAAGGUGUCUAGUAGAGUGCCUCAGGGGUCCAGCCCUAGAUGUAAUUCACACCCUGAAGCUCAGCAACCCUGGAGUCCAGGUGAAGGACUGCCUAGAGGCCCUUGAUCAUGCCUUUGGAAGAACCAAGGGCUUGGAGGACAUUUAUUGCAAGUUCCUUAAUGCCAGACAACAAAAGGGUGAGAAGGUUUCUGCCUAUAUCCAGAGGUUGGAGAAAUUAUUACAGAGAGCCAUCAUGAGAGGAGCAGUGGCGGUUGAGCAAAUGGACUGGAUUAGACUGGCUCAGAUUGUGAGAGGAGUUCAAUAUCAGAACCCAAUCCUACUCCACCUUCGAUUAAGGGCACAACAAGAAAACCCACCGUGUUACUCUCGGCUGAUAAAAGAGGUCCGAGAGGAGGAGGAGAGGCAGGCAGCUGGUGAGGUUUGGGAGGUUCAGUCACACCAGGAAGCUGGCACAGCAUCCAUGCAAAUGCCCAAGGCACUGAUGGUGAAUCCCCAAGAGGAAAUUAUCCAACGAGUGCAGGUCCUGACACAGAAGGUGGCUGAACUAGAGAAUACCAUCAAUCCAGCAAAGACUUCAAGGUACAAGGAACCCCCGGCUGCCAUGGUACAGAAGACUACAUUUAGAGCUACUGCCCCACCCAGGCAACAAGGGAGAGGACAGUCCUUCUUCUGCUACAGGUGUGGCCAAGAUGGACACACUGCUGCAAGGUGUCAGAAUGCAGAGAAUCCCACGCUAGUAUAUCAAAAGCUGAGGACCACUUGGGGAAAUUCGGGAAACAACCGUGGGGCUUGGAAGGGAGCCGCCUAG